UCGCCCCAAGAAUUCCAGCACAUACCCACCGUUAGAUUUUUCUUCUUCUUCUUCGUCUUCUGCUGCCGCUGCUGCUGCUGCUGCUGCUGUCACCGUUAGAGAGAGAGAUGGCCACAGAGAUUGUAGGGAACAAGAAGGCGUGUGUAAUCGGAGGGACUGGUUUCGUGGCUUCUUUGCUGGUCAAGCUUUUGCUCGAGAAGGGCUAUGCUGUGAACACCACCGUCAGGGACCCAGAUAAUCAAAAGAAGGUGUGCCAUCUCCAUGAGCUCCAGAACUUGGGUGACCUUAAGAUUUUCAGGGCGGAUCUCACCGAGGAAUCAAGCUUCGAUGCUCCUAUAGCCGGCUGCGACCUUGUCUUCCAUCUAGCGACCCCGGUCAACUUUGCUUCCAAAGACCCUGAGAAUGACAUGAUCAAGCCGGCAAUCCAGGGAGUCCUGAAUGUUCUCAAAGCCUGUGCCAAAGCGAAGACAGUGAAACGUGUCGUGAUGACUUCAUCAGCAGCCGCAGUUUCAAUCAACAAUCUUCAGGAAACGGGCUUGGUCAUGGAUGAGAAAAACUGGACGGAUGUCGAGUUCUUGUCCUCUGUGAAGCCGCCUACCUGGGGGUACCCUGCUUCCAAGACGCUGGCGGAGAAGGCAGCGUGGAAAUUCGCGGAGGAAAACAAUAUCAAACUUAUAACUGUCAUCCCAUCCCUAAUGGCUGGCCGUUCUCUCACUCUGGAUGUCCCCAGCAGCGUCUGCCUCGCAAUGUCUCUGCUGAGAGGAGACGAGUUCUUGAUGAAUGGGCUGAAAGGCAUGCAAAUGCUGUCGGGUUCUAUUUCCAUAACGCAUGUUGAGGACGUCUGCCGUGCCCACAUUUUCUUGGCCGAGAAGGAAUCUGCUUCGGGACGAUACAUCUGCUGUGCUGCUAACACCAGUGUUCCGGAACUCGCAAAAUUCCUUAACAAAAGAUACCCACAAUACAAAUCCCCAACAGAAUUCGGGGAUUUCCCAUCUAAGGCCAAGUUGAUCAUCUCUUCAGAGAAGCUUAUCAAGGAGGGCUUCACCUACAAGUACAGCAUUGAGGAUAUCUAUGACCAAUCUGUCGAAUACUUCAAGGAAAAGGGACUGUUGCAGGUGUAGUAAUUUCUGUUGGCUUUGCGGUUCUGCAGAAAUGAGAGGAAUGCUUGGCCAGGAAGAGGGUGAAAGAAUAACAUGUCAUUGAGAUCUAUCAGUUAGCUUGUUCCAAUUGAAUGAUUCAUCUUUUCUAAACCAUGAACGUCAAUGAUGUCACAACGUUUCCAAUUGGGACUAUUUACUAAAUGUAAUGGAUCUGUUAACUCUGUAAGAGAAGUUGGUUCGCCUCUACUGCAUCCAUUGGCUUA